AUGCGGCGGGUAUCAGGAAAUGUUUUGUGCGGCUCUGCGUCCCAUUGGAGGGCAGAACUGAUGCCGACGGUGUUGUGCGCGCCACAUCGCCUCGGCUCAGGUGCACGAACAAGUGUAGACGACGAGAAGGAAAUCGAGAAGGACCGGGAGGCCCUUCGUAAGUACUCCGUCUUUGCGGGUAUGACCGUAUUGUGCGCAGCCACGUUGUGGUACGGGUCUGAGAAAGCGAAGAAACGGUACUUUGGUUCUCAAGGAAGUGCAAGAGUUAGCGUUGAAACGCGAGGGCGCCCUGCCCUCGGUGGGCCGUUUGUUCUUGUGAAUACAGAUGGCGAACCUGUCUCCCAAGCGGAGUUCUUGGGAUCCUGGGCAUUCUUUUACUUUGGCUUUACACACUGCCCAGAAAUAUGCCCUGUUGAAUUGAAUCGCAUGUCUAAAGUUAUCGAUGCUGUGCGAGCGAAGCGUCCUAAUCAGAAAAUCGUGCCGCUAUUCGUUUCUUGUGACCCGAGGCGGGAUUCCCUGGAGGCGAUUGCAGAAUACCUCAGUGUCUUUCAUGAGAGCUUUGUUGGGCUUGUAGGGACCCCAAAGCAGGUGAGCGAUGCCUGCAAAUCUUACCGUAUUUACUACUCGCUUCCGAGCGAGGAGGCCGCAGAGCAGAAUGACUACCUCAUUGACCAUAGCAUCGCCAUAUUUCUCUUCGACCCUAAGGGCCGGUUUGUGGACUUCUUUGGGAGCCGCUAUGACGAGAAUGAAAUAACCGAGCGUGUCUUGGGUUACAUGGAUCAGCUGGAACGAGAUCCGGAGUGGACAAACUGGUGA